UACAUUGUUUCGAUUGAGCUUUCGUAUCAUUAUUUGUAAAUACUAUAACAUUAAAUGCCUAGUCUGUUUGAUGUGUAACAUUAUUACCAAAAUAUUAGUCGUUGAUCAAAUUCUAAACAAGAAAGAUGGAAUCAAGAGCUAUCUUCAACUGUGCCGUAAGAGUAAAAGAAGAACCUUCUGACAUCUCAAUCAUUGAAAAUGAUUAUAAUAUAAUUGACAAUACACUUGAUGUCAACAAUUUUCAAUUCCUCAAACAUCAGCAAGAAAAUCAAAUUCAUGUGCUUCAAAAAUUUGACAAUAAUCACGAAAGUGAACUUGAUGAGUUGGCGAUCGAGUUGGAAUGUAAAGACAUGAAGCCGAGCUUGGAUUUAUUAGCUGUUACGAAAAUUGAAAAUUGUUCUGAAGAUCACUUGGCGGCUAUUGAAAAUAGUAACGAACAUCAAACUCAAAACAAAAUUAAAUUAGAAGCUUUAGAUGCAGUAAAAAAAGAAUCGUUUGUGGACGACGCCAAUCAAUUUAAUAUGAACUCAAACUGUGAACUCAGCGAGCGAAAGAAAAGAAAAACAGUUGUAAAAAAUGUGGAUUAUAAUCAUAAACUCCAAAAACAUAUUGAUAUGCCGAAUAAUAAAAUCACAUAUCCUUGUGACACAUGUGGAAAGGCAUUCGCACAUAAGAGAAACCUCAAAGUUCACAUCGACUCGAUGCACCAUAAAAUCACUCAUGUCUGUGAAGUAUGUGGAAAGUCAUUCUCACAUAAAAGUUAUCUCAAGAAACAUAUUGAAGCGAUACAUAAUGGUAAAACUCCGACAUGCCAUAUCUGCGGAAAGACGUUCUCUCAAAAGAAUAAUCUCCAAACCCACAUCGAUUCAGUGCAUAAUAGAACGAAAAGUUACGAAUGUGACGUGUGUGGCAAGAAGUUCUCGCAAAAGGGCAAUCUUCAAACCCACAUUGAUUCAAAACAUAAUAAGAUCACUCAUGCCUGUGCUAUAUGUGGAAAGGCAUUCAGACAACGGGAAGGUCUCAAAUUCCAUAUCGACUCGGUGCAUCUUAAAGUUACCCAUAGUUGUGACAAAUGUGGAAAGUCAUUCAGACGUAAGAGCAUUCUUAAAAUACACAUCGAAUCGGUGCAUCAGAAAAUUAUUCAUACCUGUGACUUAUGUGAAAAGUCAUUCUCACUUAAAGAUUCUCUCAAAAAACAUAUUGAAGCGAUACAUAAUGGUAAAACUCGGACAUGCGAUAUCUGCGGAAAGACGUUCUCUUACAAGGGUAAUCUCCAAAUCCACAUCAACUCAGUGCAUAAUGGUAAAAUCACCCAUUCUUGUGAUACAUGUGGAAAGUCAUUCAAACAACAAAAAGGUCUCAAAUUCCAUAUCGACUCGGUACAUCUCAAAGUCACCCAUAGUUGUGACAAAUGUGGAAAGUCAUUCAGACGUAAGAGCAUUCUUAAAAAUCACAUCGACUCAGUGCACCAUAAAAUCACUCAUGGCUGUGACUUAUGUGAAAAGUCAUUCUUAUUUAAAAGUUCUCUCAAGAGACAUAUUGAAGCGAUACAUAAUGGUAAAACUUCGACAUGCGAUAUCUGCGGAAAGACGUUCUCUCGAAAGAGUAAUCUUCAAACCCACAUAGUUUCGGUGCAUAAUAGAACAAAAAGUUACGAAUGUGACGUGUGUGGCAAGAAGUUCUCGCGAAAGGAUGUUUUGAAAAAUCAUAUUGAUUCCACGCAUAAUGGCAUCACCUACCCGUGCGAUUUUUGCGGAAAGACAUUUUCCCAAAAAUGUAAUUUGAAAACUCACAUCAAUUCGGUACAUAAUAGAACAAAAAGUUACGAAUGUGACGUGUGUGGCAAGAAGUUUUCGCGAAAGUUUGUUCUGAAAAAUCAUAUCGAUUCGAUACAUAACUGAAUAAAAAGUUACGAAUGUGACGUGUGUGGCAAGAAGUUCUCGCGAAAGGAUGUUUUGAAAAAUCAUAUUGAUUCCACGCAUAAUAGCAUCACCUACCCGUGCGAUUUUUGCAGAAAGACGUUUUCCUAUAAAAUAAAUUUAAAAACUCACAUCGAUUCGGUACAUAAUAGUCAAAAAAGUAACGAAUGUGACGUGUGUGGCAAGAAGUUCUCGCGAAAGGAUGUUUUGAAAAUUUAUAUCGAUUCGGUGCAUAAUAACGCCACCUACCCAUGCGAUGCAUGCGGAAAGGCAUUUAUACGUAAAUACUCUGUGAGAGCUCACAUUGAUGCGGUGCAUAAUAAUCGAAAACUUCACAACUGCGAUGUACGUGAAAAGAAAUUUUCAAAAAGUAGUGAUCUAAAACGACAUAUUGGCUCUGUGUAUAAUGGUAAAAAGCCUUACAAAUGCGACGCAAAUGGUAAGACAUUCAAGCGAAAGGAUAUUCUGAAAACUCAUACUGAUUCGAUACAUAAGGGCAUCACUUACUCAUGUGAUGUAUGCGGAAAUGUAUUUAAGCGACGAGGUGAUCUCAAUAGUCACGUAAAAUCGGCGCAUAAUAAUAUCACAUAUGCAUGCGAGACGUGCGGCAAAAAAUUCGGACAAAAGAGAAAUCUCAAGAAACAUAUCGAUAUGGCGCACCAAUCACGCAUGAAAACCUUAUAAAAGAAGAAAAUGUAAAUUCAAACUAGCGUUUUACAAUCUGAUGUAUUUACUAAUAAGAUUAAUUUAUAAAUUUGUAUUUUUAAUUAUGUCAUGAAAUCCUCUAAAAUUAUGUUAUCUGCGAUUAUGCUAAAACAACGUUGAAGUUUAUCAAAAAAAUUAAAUUAUUGUACAAAAUUGCUCUAAAUAUUUUCAGUUUACGUAUAAAUACAUAAAAUAAUAAUGAAUGCGAGUAAAACCAUUCAUAGAACACAGCAAUACAAUCUUUUAUUUAAAUUUAAUUGUAUGCUUAUUAUAAUUUCAACUCUUUCAAUUCCUGCUAAUUUUACAAUACUUGAUUUUCCUCAUCGAAAGGGGCACACCAUAAAUUUGAUAGACGAGAAAAAAGCAUACAAUUCUCAGCAUCACUUUGCGAAACUGCUUGUGUUUAAAAAGCCUAUCGUAUUUUUGAAUCAUCUGAUAAUAAAUUGCAGAAAGAUCGAUACUUAGCAAA